AAGUUGGCAGAAAGUGCAAAGCAAUAAACCCUGGACUGGCGUGGAUCAAAGAACCCACAGCGGGCUUUGGCUGGAACUGUGGCCCUUGUAUGUUGUAAUGUCAUUUCCCUCUCUGACUGUUUUCUCGGAUGCAUCCAAACUGGUUUGGGUGUGCAUUAUAGUAAAAACAGAAAAAAAAAAACAGUUACUGGAUUCCUUGGCAAGCCUUUUCUGAAAAACAACACCACUCCACCCUGGCUUCUUCUGAGCCCUCUGGUCUUUGGGGCAGGACAAAGGAUGAGGGAGUUGUUUAGAUGCAUCUGUCCCCCUUUCUGGGAAGUGUUUAUCUAUUUUUCUCAGCAUAGUACCUACCGCUGCUUCCAACAGAGAGGGAGACUAAGCUACAGCCACAGAAUCCACCCUUACUCUUAACCUAGCCUCAGACAACAUCUGGAAUCAUGCAAAGUCUUCUGAUCAUCUGCCUCCUUGCCUCUUUGAUAGCUACAGGUAUGUCUUUGAUGUGUGAGAUUUGUGAGGGCUUCGGACAUACCUGUGAGGGACCUUUGCACCCUUGUCCCUCUGGUUUUGACACCUGCGGCAUCAUCCAGACAGAGGGCACAGUGGGACCCCAAAUUAAGGCCACUGUGAAGACUUGUUUCCCAGUCAGCGCUUGCGAGGAAGGCUUCGCUGUUGUAAAUUUAGGCAGCUUCGGAACACUGGCGACCAAAGUUACUUGCUGCGUGGGACACGAGUGCUCAAAGGUCCCUCACACCUUGCCACCGAUAAAUACUCAUCUCAAUGGAAAAAUAUGUCCAGCCUGUUAUUCCAUGCACAGUUUUACAUGCAAGGAAGAGAUCGCCCAAUGCACUGGAGACCAACAAUAUUGUUUCGAGAUAGCUGGAACUUCAAAUAUGGGGGGAUUGACCAUGACAACUGUCAUGAAGGGCUGUGCCAACAUAGAUACUUGCAACGAUACACUUCAUGCUUCAGGUUCAUUUGAUGGGGUCUGUGUUAUUGCAACAGCCAACUGCACACUGGCCUCUGGGAUGGCCAGCUCCAUUCCAGAACCCACUGGACUCUUCCUCCAAGCAUUUGCUGGAAUCCUCCUCGUGAAGCUCUUCAGUUGAUUUGCUCCAGGGUGAAGAUUCAGGGAUCCUGCUCGAGCAAUUGCUCCUUGCCACUUGAUGGCAGGCAGACUUUUCAAAGAAUGCACCACAGUGUUCUCACUGCAUACAAUAGACAUGUACAUAUCCCUCUCCCCCCUGCCCCUAUCCUGGUAUGGCCUCUGAAAGUGCUAGGUAUUUGCAGAACAGGGUUACCAGUCUUAAGGUAAGGCUUGGAGUUCUCCAAGAAUUACAACAGAACUCCAGUCUAAAAACGAAAAUGACAGUUUCGGAGGAUGAAACGACAGCUUCAGAGGGCAGACUCUAUCGCAUCACAUCCCCACUGAAUUUCUUCCCCUCCCCAAACUUUGCCUCCAAAUCUCCAGGUAUUUCUCAAGUCAGAGUUGGCAACUCUUAAAGAAGGUGGUAUCCAAAUGCUGCCACCAGUGUUGAAGGAGGCCGCAUCUGCUGUGGUCAGCAAAUGCCACUGGAUAGUGGCAAUGGUUUGUUGGGGAUACUUGGAAGAGAUGUAGCUGCCCUGGAUCCAAGAAGCGGUCUGCAGCGUUCAGUCUGAAACUGAUGCUGUCACCAGCCCCCUCCAGACGUACUGGAUACUCUUCACUGCUGCCUGGGCCAUGCUAUUGUUUUUAAGCAUAUGUAAGUCCGCUAAGAAGGGAAGGUCAAUGUUCUGUGGGUCCUAGAGGGCAAGGAGCAUGCUUAGUCCUUGCUGAGACUUUUUUCGGGACGAUGGGGGGUUCCUACACUUAAAAACAAGCAUCUGCCUGUACCCCUGGUGCAGCGCUUGAGCAAGCAUAAACCAUGAUCUUGCUCCCUUUCAUUGCCAUGCUCAUUGGGUCAAAUAUGCUAUUUGGAGGCAUUUUUUAAUUAUAGCAAUAAGAUAAGCUGCUUAAUCAACUACAGCACAUCAAGGGUCCGUGGUCAUGAGUAGACAGGGGCACGAACAGAAAAAAAAAAUGAACAUGGUGUUCAUUGUUUGUUGCCAUCCAUGAACAACAAACAACGAACACUGAUGAACAUGAUCCUGUCAUGAACACGUUCAUUGUUCAUUGUUUGUCGAGGCCAGCAGGCUCUCCUCCAGCCAUCAAGAUCCCUACUGCACCACUCCCAGAAACCUGACCUGAGCAGGCAGCAGGAAAGGUACCAAUAAUAAAUAAUAGCUUGGCCCCAGAGCCUGGCAGCAGCCCUGGAACCUGGAGGGGUAGAUCCCUAUCCCACCACACACAAAGAAAAUUCAAGCUCCAAUGCACUCACCCUGUCUCUCUAACAGCAGCUGUCUCUCCCUGAAAGCCGGAGCUGGGAGCUCCCCUCUCGCCUGGUCUUUUCCUCUUGUAACAAAUUUGGAGCUCCACACUUGGAAGGAAGACCUGCCUAUCAAGCUCAAUUGGACUUAGAUUGGGGUUUCCAGGGCAACAGCAGGAGUUCAGACAGAGUUCAGACAAUCCCUGCCUGAGUUGCCAAGGGAAUUGAUUACAGGUGCCAGACUGUCUGGCUUGACGAACAGCAGGACGAACAACAAAGAACGAGGCUUGCAACGACCACCUGUUCAUUUAGAAUGGGGCCUCACGAACAGCUUGUUCACGAACAGCAGAUUGGGCUGUUCGUGGCUUUUUUUUUGUUCGUAUUGCUGUUCGUGCCCAUGUCUAGUCAUGAGUCCUGUUAUUCGCAGUAGCAAGUCAGAAGUCUGCUGAAAGCCCACAAUUUGCCAUGAUGGUUACAGCUGUCUUCCAUUAUCUUAGAAACUGUAUUCAAGUGAUAUUGAGGAUUAGUACCGUGCAGUGGUUAGAGUGUCAGACUAGGAUUUAGGAGACCCAGGUUGAAAUCCUUACUGUGCCACAAAGCUUGCUGGGUGACUUUGGGCCAGUUAAUCUCUCAGUCUAUCCUACCUCACAGGGGUGUUAUGAGAAUAAAAUGAACACACCCUUUGCUUCUUGGAGGAAGAGGUGGAUAAAAAUGUUAAAUAAAUAUUUAACGGCAUACUAA